AUACUGUUCAGAAGUUUAUAUCGGGUGCCUCUAAGGAGUUGUCACGUACGACUCAGCCGUGGGAGGUUGAGUACCCUAUCGAGGUCCCUGCAACGAUUCAACCUCUCUUGAAAGGCUGGACGGAAGACCCUCGGAGCUUUUUUUCGGGAGGCUUGCUCACAGACGACAUCUCCUCGUUAUAUCAGUACUUGAGAUCUCUGGACUCGAAGCAGGCGACGGCUGUGUACACGUUUCGACGAAGAGUUGCUCUUGCAACUUUUGCUUGGUUGAAGGAAGCCACGCGCUGUAACAGCUUAGCUGACCACAUUGUGCAGGCUGGAAAUGUCGACGAAGUUGGGGACGAAGUAGUCAAGAAGUGCACAAUCUGGGCGAAAAAGGGAAAGCGCUACAGGGGCUAUGUGGACGACUUUGGUGGAAAUAACGGGGUCCUGUUUGCACUCGAUCCGGAUAUAUCGAGCACGUUUCGGGAACAGGAUUUACAUGUGAAAGGUGAGAAGCGCAAGGCCUUUCUCGACAAGCUGCGACGUCGUGGUGUGGUCCAGGUUGCCGAAAGUUACGAAGGAGACGCAUCGAACAUCUCGUUAUGGAAUGAUACCCUCGUGCCUACAACGCCUAGUAACUUUGUGGAACAGUCACAUGACGGCAGUGAUCGUUCCGCCCCCGCUCCAACUGCAAUUCACGCGUGUGCUCGGAGAGAACAUCACACAUCCUUAGAUCAUGAAACAACGGUGUUGUGGACAUCCCAUGGACCAGACCACGAUUUACAUGGUGGUUUAUCGCAUGUGGAGGAUGGACAGGAUACCGAGCUUAUAGGACAUGCGAACAAUUCCGAGGGGUGUUAUUCGAAUGGUCUGGCCAUUUGCCAUGGUCAGCACACUCUCCAGAGCGUGCAAGGUCGACACGGGUCUGAUGUGAGGAUUCCACUCAACGAACCCGACGACUACGAACAAGGUUACGAUGAUGCUCCCAAUAAUGGUGAUUCAGAGCUAGCUACAGUCUGUUCCUCCGAAGAUAGUAGACGUGGCUUGGAUCUUCUACCCAACGGCACCACUUGUGGUCUGUCUGAAUCUGGCAUCAUCCGGGAAGAUACAGCUGUCGGUGUGCCCAAGGAGGCCGAGAAAAGUAUAUUCAAUAACCACGACACAGGUAUUGCCAAUAGGGACCAGGAGCUCUUGAAACGCAAAUCAAAUACUGCAGACUCCCUAUCAGGACCGCCCAAAGUGGUACCUCGAAGCAGUCUGGGUGGUGAGAGUGAUAGGAUGAUUUUGGACGGACACGUGUCGAUGAGAUUACUUCAAGGCUCGACAGAGCCUUCAACUAAUGUGCCUUACAUACCUAACUCCAUCGAAUGCUUCACGAGAGAGCAGGAGUCAUUCCCUACCUCUGCAGACGGUCAGGAUGGCCAGUGGAUGAACUUGCUUGAUUUCAGCUAUUUCGAGUUUAAAACGCCAUCCAUCCUCCUCAAAGAUUACAUUGCGGAAACUUCUCAACUCAAGGUCGAUGACCUUCCCUAUGGACGACACAAAAUUCAAGGCGGGGCGUAUAUGGUUGAUCCUUUCCCUACAAUACUUGAGAAGUUAGUUCGGCAGGGAAGAAGAGAGAUAAGCUCAGAGAAACUGAAAUUCGACUCCAUGCUCAUCUAUCUAGAUACUGGUAGUGUAUGGGCUGAAGCAAAUGCUACUUUCAGUUUCGCUAUCCCCACGUUAAUAGACUAA